UCGAGCUUCUGGCAGACUUUUCCUAUCAUCGCAAUUAUUCCUUGCUUGGCUACUUGAGCAAGGCAUAUCGGCGGUUCGGUACAUCUUCCGCGUCUGCAAUAAUUGCAAGUUGGUGUCGUGCACGUUUGCACAAAUUCGGGUUUUGCAAAAGCAAGUUGGUUUUUCUCCUACAGGGUUUAUUAUUGUCACAUUGAUUGUGGAAGAUACAGACUUGCAAACAGCGUAAGGUUACGGACUUUCAGUUCUGGAACUGAAAUGACGAAAAUGUGGAGUUUUUUGCCGGCGCUUCGUCUCUAUGGAUGGAUGUUAUUGUGUUUGCUAUGUUCCACUCAAAUCUCCGUGAAUGCCGUAAUCAGUACACUCCCUGAAGAUGUCGUCGCUUAUCCCGCCGUACACAAGUAUGAAACCGUCAAAACUUAUCCGCCGAUCAUAUCAGCAUUUCCUCGAUUGGAGACGCUUAAUCGGACGGUAAUUAUGCGACCAAAAAGCCCGAACCUUCCGGCCGUGUUCCAUCCGCCGAGUCUAAUCGCUUUUCUGCCGACAUUUCCCGGUCAGCGCAACGAUACCGGCAAUCAGACAAAGACGAAAACCGAUAACGCACAUGUCAGAAUCAGCAGGUUACCCGGCUUGUCGGAUCUGACUGUCCCGCCGCGGUUUGACCACCUUCCGCCCUUUGAAAGCGAUCCGGCUAAUUUUUCUGGUCGAAUUCACGGGCAAAAAGAAAUGAUUUUCAGGCUGACUGACAAGAAACCGGUCAGCUUAUCGAAGAUUAACAAGUUAUCGGAUGUUAUUAGAGGGAUUUACUGGAUGUUGGAUAGUCCGUCUGUUCGUAUUGUUCACAAAUCUGACGCGAACAAACGCCGGUUUACAGAUGCGGAGAAAUGGAUAAAAGAUGUAAAAACCAAGAGGAAAGUGGUGAAGUUGGAGUCGAAUGGACUGUAUUGUGGGCACCAUUACCUGGUCACUUUUGAUGACGGGACACUGGCCUGCACCAAGCAGCGCAGCAAUUACGAUCAAAUUCAAGGGGAAAUUUUUGCAUACUUUUUAGCGGAUCUGCUGGACAUGCGCCACUACUUCCCGCCGACUGUCUUGACCAAGGCCGGACCCAGUCGACUUUUUGCGACAGUGAUGGAUGCUGUGCAUAAUUCCUCCACUUGGGAUCCCGCUAAACCGCUAAUUAUAACCAAAUUCCUCACUCAUUUGAAGCCAAUAUUUCUUCCCAAAAUUCUACAUUCUUUACUGAAAUUCAUCGUCAACCAGACGAGUUAUCCGACAAGUGAGCCGCAAAACCAAAACAGCACUACUGUAAAUACGACUACUGCAAAACAAGCAAGUACUGAUAAUGAGCAUAAUCAGGCGGGAUUGGAACAGGGGCACACUGUUGACGGCACUACCGGAAAAGAACCGGUCAGCGGCGAUAUAGUGCCCAAUCACUCGGCUUCUGUUGACCGCAGUCCGUUUGUGCUGCCCGUGAUAUCAACGCGAUCAAGCGAACUGGCCAACUGCACCGAUAAGGAAUUGCGUGAGCUGGAGCAGUGGUCGGAUCUCGUGAUGUUUGAUUAUCUCGUGGGCAAUUUGGAUCGCAUCAGUAAUUUGGCUGUUAAUCUGCACUGGCAUCAGCAGAUGCUGUCGUUGCCAGUCCAUAAUAUCUACCAGUCCGCCGAGGAUGGGCAGUUCAUUUUUAUGGAUAACGAGUCGGGAUUGUUUCAUGGAUACCGUCUACUGCAUCAGUAUGACAAAUAUUUACAGCCGCUGCUGCGGUCAUUUUGUAUUUUCAAUAAAUCAACGGUACAGGCCGUGAAGAAGCUGCAUCAGAGCCGUAAUGCAGGCGCUACAUUAAUGAAAAUGCUGGAGGCUGAUUAUCCACGCCUGAUCAACCGCCUGCCGGGUAUCGGCCCCAAAACCAGCCAAAUCCUACAGAAACGGCUUCGUUAUGCUUAUAAACAUAUUCGAUUUUGUGAAGAUAAUUAUUAUUUACCAUAAUCAUGUCCCCUGAUCCCUGAUAAUGAACUGUUUGCUGUAAAUAUACUUCGCAAGAUUUCUAUUUAGAGGAUCUGUGUGAUUAGGAUUAUCGGAUCCAGAAUUUGUGUGAAUAACUGCGCUUUGGCCAGAA